AUGGAACAGCUGAUAAGAGAUACCACAACCUCAACGCCACUCUCUCUGUGGUUCAGUCUCCCUGCAGUCAGGGUCCACUCUCUGCGAUCCACAGCUCCAGGGAGAGAAGGCUCUGCCAUCAGCCCUGCACCUGUAGGCUCCUGGGCUUCUCUCUGGGAGAAAGUGAAGCUGCCAGUCAAGGUUGGUUUGGAAACUCCGGCAAGAAAUCUUCCCAAAGGUGGAGCUGUCAUGAGGCUGUGUGCGCUGCUCUGUGCUCUCCUUCUGUUCCUGACUCAGACUCAAAGUGGAUCUCUUCGGGACCGUUCCAUGAAUAUCAGGAAUCCAGACAUCGAUGCCUCCUGGUACACGGGCCGGGGGAUCAGGCCCGUGGGGAGGUUUGGCCGGAAAGUCCCAAGAAGAAAAGAUCAUCUGGCUUUCAUCAGAGCCAGAGUGUACACACCAGCAGCUGACCCUGACGCUAAUGUUUGGAUUACACAGUAAAACCCUACGCAUGAUUGAGUAUCUACUGUGUCCUCGUGUGUUCAUUUGGAAUGUAGGUUCUGUACUUUUGAAUAAAUUGCAUAAGUCAUUUUCUGUAAACUUUUUGUAAGUACAUUUUCCCCCCAAAUAAAAGAUAA